AUAUAUACUUCCGGUUAUUGAAAUCACUUUGUUUACACUGAAUCUACGUACAAAUACCGAAUAUAUAUAAGUUUUUGUAUCAUUAUAAUGCCGAGGGGAGACCGUGGUGGUAAAAGCAGUGGAAGUGGCACAAGAUGUGUUGCUGCCAACUGUGGAAAUACACAUAAAGAUGGAUAUUCUUUGCAUACUUUUCCGAAGGAUCCAUCACUUUGCCGACAAUGGGUUGACUUCGUGAAGGUAAAGAGGGCAGUUUGGUCAGGUCCAACAGAAUAUUCUGCCAUAUGUUCAGAUCAUUUUAACAUGGACUGUUUCCCAUUUCGUUUUCGGUUUGAGUUGGAACACUUGGGACGAAAACCGAAGAAAGUGCAGCUGAACUGUAAUGCCAUACCCUCAGUGCAUGCCGCACCAGAACCAUUGCCAUUGGCAGUUACCCCUAAGUCAAAGAACAGUUCCAAGGAGAAACGGAAGGCAUCUACUAGCAAAUCAGUCACCUCCACAUCAGCAUCACCAACAGUGACAAAUACAACACCAACAGCAACUAAGACUAGAGCAAUGCCAUUCCCACUAGAAAUGUUGUCACCUUCUGAGGAUGCAGUAUGCCAAAGUUCUCCUCCAAAGAAAGUUCGUAGAGGAUAUGCAAAGAGAGAAACUGCAAGGCUUAUAGCUGAACAUGUCCAUAAAACAGCUGGAAAUACUUCACCUGCAGCAGUAGUUGACAGCAGUAAGGGAGAUGGUGUGGAUGCACAUGUAGUAGAGGAAACAACCGAAUUAUUGUGUGUUGAAGAGGCUACAGAAUUUGUUUUAGAAGAACAUGGUCCAAGAACCAAGACGAAGGGCACACAGUAUAAUUGUAAACCAAAAAGAAGAUCAAUGUACUGUCAGACUAAGUUAUCAACAAAAAAGAAACCAGUAAACACUGAAAGAAAAAAUAUGGUCAAUAAAGGUACACAGACAGAUUAUAUACAGAAUGCUGAAUAUCUCAUGUCUCAUGCAAAACCACCCAUGAUAGAUGACUUUUGUUGGGUAAGACCUGAACACAUAGACCAAGAAAUGGUAAAACCCCUACUUAAAUCAAGGAAAAGGGUCUCCAACAGUAGUGAUCAUGAACCACUUUCAUCCCCAUUUAAAGACUCGGAUGUACUUGAUCCAACUUUUGAACCAAGUUCUUCAGAUAUGUCAGAAAAUGAAGAGGACAUGGAAAAUGGUAAUCAUAGAAGGAACUUGCCAGCUGCUGAGAUGACAAAAUAUAUUGUUUUUGAGGCGAAUUUGCUGGAACUAUUUGAUAGAUGCAAAAAGUGUAUGACACCUUGCAGAGGGAACAUCAACUAUGUGCAUGGUUCACUGGUUAAAAUAUCUUAUGUAUGUCCUGCCUGUGAAUUUUCUUUCAAAUGGUUUAGCCAGCCUUUUGUCGGGGGAAAGCCAGCUGGGAAUUUAAGCAUGUCUUCUGCCAUUCUCCUCUCUGGAUCAAUUCCUAGUAAAGUAUUGAGGAUGUACAACUUCAUGAACAUAUCCUGUAUCAGCAUGAGUACCUACAUGAGCCACCAGAAGUUCUUUAUUUUCCCAGCAAUUGGGCAUGUUUGGUUUAAUUACCAACAAGAUUAUGUUCAUGAUGUUAUACAAAGUGGUAGAAGUGUUGUUCUUGGCGGUGAUGGUAGAUGUGACACUCCUGGCCAUUGCGCUAAAUAUGGAAGUUACAACAUGAUUGAUUUGGAUGAGGGAAUUGUUGCAGAUAUUCAAUUAGUUCAGAGUAAUGAAGUUCCAAAUAGCCAUCAUAUGGAAAAGGCUGGAUUAGAGAGAAGUAUUGAGUUUUUCCGUCACCAUAACAUACCAAUAAAGACCAUAAUAACAGAUGGACACAAAAUGAUUGCCAAAUGGAUACGGGAACAGAUGCCAGAAACAACACACCACUUGGAUGUAUGGCAUGUUGCCAAAGGUUUAAAGAAAAAGUUGGCCAAACUUUCGUUAGAAAAAGACUGCAAGGACCUUCAGCCAUGGAUAAAAAGUAUUGUCAACCAUCUUUACUGGACUGCUGCCUCUUCGACAGGACUGGACCAGGUUGUCAUUGUUGCUAAGUGGUAUUCCAUUCUGAACCACAUCAUAAAUGUACAUGAUGGGCAUGGUGAUGAAUUUCCAGCAUGUCAGCAUGGGCCUUUAGAGGGCAGAGAAAGGCACAAGAAAUGGCUUAAACCAGGAACAAAGGUGUAUGAAAAGCUGCAGGGAAUUGUGUGUCACUGGCAGAUGAAAAAGAAUAUUGUCAUGUUGUCACCAGGCAAACAGACAUCAGCCUUGGAGGGUUACCAUUCUGUCAUAAACCAUUUUGCACCCAAAAUGAUUGGCUUUUCCUACCAUGGAAUGCUUUGCAGGUUGUGGCUGGCAGCUCUUCACUUUAAUGAGAACAGCCAAAGGGAACAAGCUGUAACAAAGGAUGGCAGAGCACGGUACAAGAUAGUCUAUCCAAAGUUUAAGAAGGGGGAUUACUCUGUCAAGAGAAUUUUGGUAGACUGCACAUAUGACUAUGUACAAACAGUAAUGACCACAGUGAUGGGUCUUGGAAAGGUGUCACAUAUGAACGAUCAUGGUGUUAAACUGCUGGUAGAUGUUCCUCCUCCUCUUUGUAGUGAAUAUGAGAGACCAGACAAAGAGAUAGCAGUUCAAAAUCUUAUGAGCCGCUUCAACAUUGGAGCAACUAGUCACUGUCAGCCUGAUGGAAACCAGUGUAAUUCUGGCCCUGGAAUGUCCUCCUGAUACGUAAUACUGCACAUGAAGGAAUGACUACCCGUACCUCUUUCCCAAGGAAUUGCCAGCACCAUCUUACAAACUGCCUGUAUGCAGUAUAUCUGCUGCGUCUGAAAACAGAAUUUAAACUUUGACUUUGGGACAAAUAAAAGAUUAAGGACUUUAAUUCAAAUUAUGUAACAAUGUACUUAAAUUUUUUUAAUUUUUUCUUUUUUGUAAUAUGAAUUAAUUAUGUGCACUACAUGUAUAUCUUGACAGUUAUAAUAACCAACCAUGUGUAUGUCCAAUUUCAUAGGUCAAAUGUCAAGGUAAAUGUAAUUGGGUUAUAGUUGAGGACCCUAUGACCUUUUGAUAAAUAUUGCGCCAACACUUAAAUAUCUUAAGAAACAUGAUUUCUACAUACAAGGUCAAAAGCAUAGUUUAUUGUUGAGAUGAUAAAAAUUGUGUCAAUUAUUGACAGUGGUUGCUAUAGAGAUUGCUUACAACUCGUUGAUGUCUAGUCUGGUCUCAUUUAAUCAUGGUUGGCAAAAUGUCUUUGUAACCCAUAGAGAAAUAAAGUGUACAAUUCCCAACUUUAAAUUAACUGCAUGAAAUUGGUUUGUUUGCUUUAGUAUUAUAUUAUUUUAUAAAUGCGGUAAAUUGUUUAGACACAUAUUUUAUAAUUUGCAAAAAAUUUACAAUUUGAUUAAGUUAAAAAGAAGUAUUGAAGGCAAUGAAUUAGUGUAUUACUCAUUAGCUUGUUCUGGUCUUUCGCCAUAUUCCUGUCUGUACUGGAAGUAUGCAACACCCAAAACAUGAACAUCAAGACAGACUGUUGAAAAUCCUGGAUGUUGUGUUAUGCAGGAAAUGUCUUCUUCAUUUUUGACAUCUAACACCCUCUGCACUUCAUUGCAACAAAUGCAUUCUCUGGCUGUCGGCAUCACCUCACAAUUUCCACAAGAACACCUGAGGAAAUACAAAAUUUUAUCUACACAAGGAAAAUACAAAACAUCCAUGAACUGUGAUAGUAAACAAAAAACUUAUAAAUUAUUAAAGCCAUGAAUGAGACCCCCCCCCCCCCC